GAAAUACAAUAAGUUAAAUCGGGGAAACUAUAACAUCAGCUCGAUAACUAGCUAUCAUUACAUGCGAAUUGAACGCUUCCAUUUAAAUCGUUUAGGUUAUUUAAGUCUCUUGAGCUAGCUAGCAUAGCAACUAGAUAACUAUAGCAACCAAAAAACACAACUUUAGCUGCACAGUUUAAUUUCUCAAACUCAGCUCACCAAUACAUAAAAAAAAAGAUCGUUGGGUUCAAAGUGAUCACAACGACGUUGUAUGAUGUUAAAUGGAUGACAGACAUUAAACAAUCCCCUCGGAAACACUCGGAUAUCAAUGUAAUCUUGGCUAAUAAUUAAACGUACUGGUGGCUUUCCAUUCGUCUGCAUUUGCAUUGUUGUAUUUUGUGGCAGAUUCAUCGGGGUAAAUCAUUAUGGUUACAUACUGUUACAUAUAUAUAUCGGGGUAAAAUCCAUCAAGCAUCUUUGUAACACAGCAGGGAGGCAUUAUACAGGAGGGAAUAUUUUCCUCACUUGCAUCUUUGUUGCUUGUCUCCUCUGCUCAGGUCACGAGCAAAUUCAGCUAUUUUGGUUAUAAAAUUAUUUAAGAUCAUUGGAAUCAUACAAAAAUUACAUUUAUAGCACAGAUAAGUAGAACAUAUUAAUAUCUGGGUUUUUUUCAUUAUAUAAUUUAACAUAUGUGUUGUGUUUUUAUUAUCUUAAUUUCUAAUGGACCAAUGAUAAUUCGUGAAUACACUAUGCCCGCGAAAUCGCGGAGCAAGCUGUCAGUUGAAGUCUAUCAAAAAUGGAUGGUGAACGUACUUGUCCUCCGCUGAAAAAGCGGCGAAUUUCUGAACAGCGCUUCAAGCUAGAAUAUAACGCAGAAUGGCCGACCAUCACCCGGUCGAAGCUGGACGACUUCCACGCUUACUGUAUGUUGUGUAAGACAGAUUUUAGCGUGAGGCAUGGGGGCCGACACGACGUUGAAAAGCACAUCAGGACUGCUAAACACACGUCAUACAAGGCGGCAGUGGAAGCUACAAGGCCCAUCGCGGGCUUCUUUACGGUUGACAGUGACACCAGUGUCAUAAAUGCCGAAGUGCUCGCUGUGGACUUUCUGGUGGAACACAACAUCCCGAUCGCGGUGGCCGACCACAUCGGGCCACUGGUGAAAAAGAUGUUUCCGGACUCGAAAAUCGCUGGAAAGUAUGGGUCUGGUCGCACAAAGAGCAGCGCCAUUGUUGGAGCUCUUGCCAAGGAGGAUGCGUCUGUGAUCACGGAGGCAAUGAGGACAGCUCCAUACUCCCUAGCCACGGAUGGGAGCACUGACUAUGGAGACUGUAAGCUGUAUCCUCUUGUUGUGAAGUACUUUGAUCGAGGACUUGGGCGUGUUCUGACAGUACUCCUAUCUUUGCCAGAGUGUCAUGAGGCAUCUACUGGGCAGAACAUAUUCAAACUCAUUGACAAUGAACUUGAGAAACGUAGCAUAUCCUGGGACAACUGCAUGAGUUUUGGGGCAGAUAAUGCCAUGGUGAUGCAGGGACUCAAAGCUGGCACGGCAGGCUACAUCAACAAAAAAAACAGUGCAGUAUAUGUGCUGGGAUGCCCGUGCCAUCUAAUUCAUCUAGCUGCAGAAAAAGCUGCUGCUCAGCUUCCAGUGUCCAUUGAAGAGCUGCUGGUGGACAUAUACUUCUACCUAGACAAAUCCAGCAAGAGGAAACAGGGACUGAAGAAAUUUCAGGAUCUGUGUGGAGUGGAAAUGAGAAAGAUUGUUAAACAUGUAAGUACGAGGUGGCUCUCUUUAGAUAAAUGCAUCGCCAGGUUGUUGCAGCAGUGGCCUGCAUUGCUGCAAUACUUUGAGUCAGAACAGUCUGGGCACAGCAGCAAGGACAAGACCACGCAGAGCAGCAGCAAGGACAAGACCACGCAGAGCAGCAGCAAGGACAAGACCACGCAGAGCAGCAGCAAGGACAAGUCCACCCACAGUGUUAGCAAGGACACAUCAACCCACAGUAGCGGCAGCAAGGACAAUUCUCAGUUUGAUUUGGCAGGCUAUCUCUUUCGCCAACAAAACCUAGCCAAAUUCUGUCAGGGAAAGAAAACACCAGCAGCUGCAACCACACAGCCCAAGACUGCAACGGCAAAGCCCAAAACAUCUAGCGCUGCACCCACUCGGCCCAAGACAUCUAGCACUGCACCCACUCAGCCCAAGACAUCUAGCACUGCACCCACUCAGCCCAAGACAUCUAGCGCUGCACACACUCAGCCCAAGACAUCUACCACUACACCCACUCAGCCCAAAACAUCUAGCACUGCACCCACUCAGCCCAAGACAUCUAGCACUGCACCCACUCAGCCCAAUACAUCUAGCACUGGAGCCACUCAGCCCAAGACAGGGGCACAACAGAGAGUGCAGAGGGCAUGUCAACAUCUGCAGGACCCAACAUUCCAUCUUUACUGCUACUUUCUAAGUGCGGUCCUGCCGAUAUUUGAUGAGGCCAACACUCUGCUGCAGCUAGACAAACCCUGCAUACAAAUACUACACAGGACUUUGACCACACAGCUGAAGAAUCUCUUGAACCGAUUUGUGAAGCCUCAGGUGAUCAAUGCAGCUGCUAAGGUUCACCAGGUACCAUUCAGGGAACCAAGCAACCAGAAGAGCAAUGAGACCUUGUUCAUUGGGCAAAACACCAGAGACUUCAUAAGAGAUCACCCUGAGCUUGAGGAGCUGCAGCUUGCCCAGGUCUUCAGCGCUGUGCGGGCAUUCUACAUGAAGGCUGUUGAGUACAUGGUGAAGAAGUUUCCCUAUGAUGACCCAGUGAUAAGGAAUGCUUCUGUGGCUGACAUGUCUGCACGGGACAGCGCAGACUUCAAUUCUGUGAGGUACUUCACAGGCAGAUUCCCCUGCUUGAAGAUGAGUGCUGAGGAGAUGGACAAGCUUGAGGGUCAAUUCAUGACCUACCAAACCGAUGCUCUGCCAGAAAGCAUCACCAGCUGUGACAGACCAGACACACAGUGGCACCUGAUGAGUCAGCUGAAGGAUGGAAAUGGCCAUCUCAAGUACCCUUUACUCUGCAAGGUAAUGCUGGCUAUCCUCUGCAUCUUCCAUUCCAAUGCAGACUGCGAACGCAUCUUCAGUCUUGUCACAAAAAACAGAACGGAGUUCAGACCUAGUAUGGGAAUGGAGACCCUGAGUAACCUCAUUACCCACAAACAAUUCAUGGUGGCAAAGGGGUCUGUCUGCUACAAGCAGGCGUACUCCAAGACAACUCUUGCCAAGGCCAAGUCAGCAACCUAUGACCAUCUAAAGUGAGAGGUUGAUGAGAUGGUCAUGUCACAGCCAAAGGUUCCCUUGAGUUGAACUCUGUUCUAAAAAAAGGCUGUGUAAAGGUUUUUCAUGUGUUAUUGUUCAGUAUUGUUUCAUGAUGAAUUCUGUUCGGUUAAUAAAAAUAUUUUUUUGUGUA